AUGCCUCCCCCUCCCCCGCCACCGCCGCCGCCGCCCCCGGGGGGUGGUGUACCAGCUCCCCCCCCUCCGCCCCCCCCAUCGGUGGCCUCCUCGCCUGCUAGAGGAGCACUGCUUGCAGAUAUCCACAAGGGGAAAGCGCUGAGAAAGACCGUCACGAAUGACCGUUCCGCACCGCAAGUAGGAGGAAAAAUCGUGUCAGGCGGCAGCCCGGGCCCGUCGCCCCUCGGCGCUCCCCCAGUUCCGGGGGCGCCCAAGGCAGCCGGAGGACUCGCCCCUCCCGUUCCGGGACUUCGAGCCAGAAGCAACAGUGAUCAAGGCGAUCGAGCACAACCACCAAGUUCGGGAUCGGAUGGACCUCCGCAUCUAGCCGGCUUGUUUGUCGGUGGCAUGCCAAAAUUGCGCAAGACAGGAGGAGGUGUCGACACAGGGGCGAGCAGAGAUGCUUCCUACCUAUCAGACUCGGAGACUCUUCCGCGAUCUGCCCCGAAGCCGCCCGCAGCUCCCGCCCCACCUAUUCCCGGCAGACCAUCGCCUUCGGGAGCAAGCAGUUCCCCAAGCACGCCGAAGAAAGCCCCGCCCCUUCCAAUCGGCAAGAAACCGCCGCCACCCCCUCCGGGCUUGCGGAAGCCAUCUUCCACCGCACCCUCGACUGCGCCUCCGCCGCCGCCGCCUCCCGCUGCUGCUCCGCGACCGCCGCCGGCUCCAGCCCGUUCGCAGCCACCACCCCCUCCGCCGUCGGCGUCAACAAGCAGCAUUUCCCAGAGCAUUGCCGCGCAAGCAGCCAUUUGCGCUGCGUCCAGUGUCGCGCCGCCUCCAGCGGCAGCACCGCCAGCACCACCUCGCCCAGCACCUUCGAGCUCCCCUCCUCCAGCGCCGGCCCCACCGCCUCCGCCCUCCUCCGCGCCGGCCCCACCACCACCACCACCUCCUCCUCCUCCGUCUUCCUCUGCCCCUGCAGCACCACCACCGCCUCCUCCUUCCUCCGCCCCGGCACCGCCGCCGCCGCCUCCCCCGCCCUCGGCAGCGCCCGCCCCUCCUUCGUCCCUCUCUCACUCGGCCUCGAGCGCGUCGGGGCGUGCGUCCACAUUCUCGAUGCUGGACCCAAGCAACUUCACUCUCACGCCCAACGGCGGCGGUGGCGGCAGAACGCCAAGUCCCGGCCGCGGCCCGUCGCCCUCGCCAGGCGGCGAGCGGUAUAUCGUGCAGGACUCGCGGUGGCGGUUCCAUGGCGAGGAGCACUUCCCGAAGCCGAGACCAUUUGUCGGCGGGCCGCGAAGGUACCGCGCCGGGAGGGGAAGCAGCGUACCGUUGGAUUUGAGCGCUCUGUGA